GACGAAUUGAAUAUAACUAUUAUAAUAGUGGUUUAUUGUGAGGAAUCCGAAAAAAAUAUACGUGAUUACCAGGGAAAAACGGAUCGAUAAUAUGUUGUUGAAAUGUCUACUGCUGUUAUCACUCGCAGUGUCCCAGGCGUUUGGGUUAAUGGGAAAGUGCGAUCACACACCUCCCCUAGCAACUGUUAGCACUCCAUUAGAAAAUCGCGGCUACUACGUAUUCAACAUUGAAAACGCCGUUCAGAAAGAAGGAAACCUCUAUUAUACACCGGACCAGACUUAUGUUUUAACUGUUACCUCAAGAGAAAACAGCCGUCCGUUUCGUUGGUUCAUGAUAACUGCCGAAGAUCCGGCUGUGGACAACAAUAUAUACGAUUUCGGACGAAAGUUCGCUGACGUGGGCAGCUUGAAGACCUUGGACACGGAUUGGAGGUCCAGGUAUAGCGAACGCUGUCAAAAUACAGUCGAAAAUGCGGAUAAUUCAGCCAAAACGCAGGUUGAGGUACAUUGGGUAUCGCCAAAGCAUUCUGAGAACCAACAGCAAGUGCGGAUAAGAGCGAUGGUCGCAGAGAAUAAGGAAGCCUGGUAUACCGGCAAUAACCUCACAAUUUUACUGCAUAUGGACGAUCAGCGUCCACGAGACAGCCCGCCGUUGCCAAUCAGAGACGAAUGCAACUUAUGCAGCGAAGCAAGAUACGAGGUAAUAUUCAAUGGGCGAUGGUCUCGAUUAGCGCAUCCCCGACAUUAUCCCAGUAAGCCUGAUGAGAAUGGCUACACUCACAUGAUAGGGGCGUCGCACGGGAACAACUUCACCCUAUGGCUGCAAGGUACUAAUGCCGGUCCGGGCCUGGUCGAUUUAGUAGUGAAACCGACACCGACGACUCUCGAAAGAGAAAUCAUUGAUGCGAUGGUCUUAGACGGCGGUACCCGUACUUUAAUAAGAGGGAAAAAGCACGAUCAUCCAUUGAUGUCGAAACCGUCCCAUUCUUUAUUCAGGGUUGAUAGAACGCACCAUAUGUUCUCGAUAAUAGUAGGAAUGACACCAUCACCGGACUGGUUUUUGGGCACGUCCAAAUUUGAGCUCUGCGAUGAGGACGGAUGGCUUGAAAAAUUCGAUCUACCGCUGUAUCCGUGGGAUGCUGGAAUCGUGGACGGAGUUUCUUAUGAGUCACCAAAAUCCAUGAGUCAACCUGUGGACAAUAUAGAGCGCGUCGAAAUCGGAUCGUUCGACAGAGAUUCGCCCUUUUAUCAGAUGAACCUCAAUGAUUUGGCUCCAUUUGCUAUUUUACAAGUGCGAAGGCUGGAUGUGUAUCCUCUUAUUGGCAUAGACUGUAGUGAAGGUCAAAAUGCUGAAGAAGAAUUGCAACAAGAUGCCCCAGUGUUAGAACCGGUGUUGGCGGAAUCGCGACAGAGCCUUCGCGGUAAAUCGUGCGCCGGGGAGUGGGGUGAAUGGACGCCGUGUACGCCCCACGCUGGCGUCUGUGGCCCUGGCCUGAGGACUAGAACUAGAUACAUACAGAACAUUGACUUGUACGUGAAUUACAAGGUAACCAAGAGUGGGAAAGGUGAACAAGAAUUUAGUAGUUGUAAAAAUAACAAAGAUUCAAAAGCAACUGAGCGUAAAGAAUGUUUUGUGAGAUGUUAGAAAACAAAAAUAAACGUUAA